AUGUCUGACGCGAGCAGCCCUCAACGCAGCCCACAUGGCUCCAGUCCAACCCAUAACUCUCAAGAUGACAGACCCCCAGGCGGGACACGUAGAUCAGGCGCGAAGACUGCUCGCAAGGUGCAGUGGGUGGAGAACGACCGGGAGCCGAUUACGUCCAUCCGCGCGUUGGACGAGCAUGGGCUUGACCCGGAACCGUUUGAGACGCUGACCGACGCGCUCGAACGCCAUCGGUCCGACUCUCCCGUUGACCGUGGUCGCCCGGAUGGCACCGUCGCUCCAGACUCGGCGCUCUCAUCUUCGUCCGAAGUGACGCUUGCGCCCAUGCGGGACAUUCCAGGCGAGGUGUUCAUCGGCGCUGACGAGACUGCUGGCCUGCCAGGUACAGGCACCGAGCAACAUGCUGUCCACCAGGCGCAAAAGGUCGUGAGUGCGCACAAACGUGGUAUUUUCGGGGGGUUUCGCCUUCCAGGCCAUCACAAUGAGCCGCAGAACGUCCGCCGGAGGAAGAGAGGCAGGAGUAGGACCAGAGGCUUAUUCUCGCGCCACAGUGACGGCGAAGACUGGGACGGUGACACCGAUGUAGAGAAAUCUGCCGAUUCGGGGCGCGCGACACCCGCGAUGCAACCUGGCACGGGCGUCCUUGGUGCCCUCCUCGCGCUGUAUGACCAUAGCUCCAUCUCACAGUCCGGUCGGUCAACGCCAACGCCUUCGCGUUCCUCGUCCGACGAGCUUCGUCCGCCGUCUGUCUUAGGAAAGUCUUCCACCUUUGACAGCAUGGGAAGUACGGCCCCUUUGAUAUCCGGUGCACCCUCAGCAUCGUCCGCCUUCGGUGGCCCGCCACUGACGACCACGUCAUCGAGGUCGUCGACUUUCAACUGGGCAAAGCCGUUCGUGCUGGGAGAGCAGCGGAUGCCCCACGCCAGGAACGGAGCAGGCGUGUUUGGUCCGCUCAUCGCCAGUACAGGUAACAUUAGUGGGGUGGCGGCCCCCGCAUCUAGCACACUCGCUCCCAAUAUCAAAAGACCUGGGUACCACUUAUCGCGUUAUUCGCUCGAAAGCAAUUUGCCCACGUUGGAGACUGUUCAGAAGACCGUCCCGCGGUCGCGCAGCACGGAUUUCGGGAGUCUACCUAACAUCGAGACGACGGCAACCCUGUCGGAGGACACACACCAGGCGCGGUACUCACCCAGCGGCAGGCAGAAGUGGACCGGUGUUCUGAAGGAUUUGCCUAAGCGCGGCUGGAGCCGUCCGGGAACGCCUAGUACCACACCGAACUCACCGGAGGACGAGUGGAUCCACGACAAGUAUAUUUCGGAGGAAGAGCGCAAGCGUGAGCGCGCGGAGCGUCGGUUGAAGAGACGCAAGGCAACUAUUUACAUUACCCGCCACGUCGCGGCAAUUGUCCAGCGGCAGGAGUUUAUCCUAAAGCUGACGCGUGCGAUGAUGAUGUUUGGUGGCCCGAGUCAUAGGCUGCAGGCACAGAUCAUGUCGACGGCUAAGGUCCUUGAGAUCCAACUGUCGUGCAUGUAUCUGCCAGAUGUCAUGCUCAUCUCGUUCGACGAUGCUGCCACGAGCACGAGUAACAUCAAGUUCAUUCGCCAAGGUAGCGCACUCGAUCUGGGCAAGCUGCAGGACGCAUAUGCACUGUACUGGAAGGUCAUCCACGACGAUAUCUCGGUGAAAGACGCGUCGAUCGAACUUGACAACUUGAUGCGGAACCCACCGCUGUACAAGAUGUGGCAGCUCGUCAUAUUCGGUGGUUUCUGCUCAUCGUCCAUAUGCAGCGUCAGCUUUAAUGGCUCGUUCAUCGACUCGUUGAUCUCGUUCCCGCUUGGGUGUAUGCUCAUCGUCAUUCAGUUGUUUGCUGCUCGAAAUGAGCUCUAUUCUAACGUCUUCGAGAUCACUGUUGCUACUAUCUUCAGUUUUAUCGCCGCAGCGCUCUCCUCUACCCAUCAUUUUUGCUACUCCGCUGUUGCUUCGGCAUCAGUGGUGCUCAUCCUCCCUGGUUUCAUCGUUCUGUGUGGCAGCCUGGAGCUCGCUACCCGCAACAUCGUGUCCGGUGCCGUCCGCGUUUGUUUCUCAUUCAUAUACUCGCUAUUCCUUGGCUUCGGGCUGGCGAUCGGGGCGACUGCGUUCUCGAAGAUCACACACCAAGACUCCCUCCCGGGCGAGAACGACCUGACAUGCUCGAGGAGCCACAACCCUGAUGGUCCGUGGUGGCAGCAGACCCCAUCCCUAUGGUGGGCGUUCCUCACCGUGCCUCUGUACUCGCUCUCCCUCGGUCUGCGGAACCAUGCGCCGUGGUGGAGGAAGGAAACACUGCUAGCUGUACUGGUAUCCUCCCUUGGAUGGGUUUCGAAUCACUUCACGGGCACUAAGUUCCCUGGGCAGAGCGACGUCUCUGCUGCGGUUGGCGCCCUGGCGGUUGGGUUCACGUCUAAUUUGUACGGCCGGUUCUUCAACGGCAAUGCUUUUGUUAUCAUGAUUACCGGUAUCCUCUUCCAGCUACCCUCCGGCCUAGCGAACGGCGGAUUGUUCACAUUCGCGUCGAACGAGACGUCCGGCACGAAUUCGAGUAUGACGUACAUGUCCGGGUUCGAUACGGCGAUGCAGCUCGUGUCCGUGUCCAUCGGUCUCACCGUCGGGCUCGGCAUCUCCCUCGUCAUUGUCCACCCUUUUCCGUCCCGGCGGCGGGCUGGUGGUGUUUUCAGCCUUUGA